GUAGUCUAUUCAUCCAGAGCACCAGGACUCACCAUGGCAGCUAAUGAUUACCGAGGCUACCUGAGGAACCACUCCGACACGGAGGGCGCUCAGCCACGCUACCACCCGUCCCAUGGCUCAGAACCCACCUAUAGACCGCUUAUAUUCGGAACUCUUGCUAUUAUGGGAUUGCUGCAGAUUGCAUCGAGUGUGGCGAUCUUGUUACAUUUGACAGGUUAUCUCCAAGAGGUAGACCUCUCCUCCGCCCCACAGCAGCCUAUAGAGGAAGUGCAGACAGAACAGAUCAUUGCUGACGCCCUGAGGGACCCGAGAAAAGGCAGACAACGCUGCAAAAACCAGGGGAGGGAGGGGUUUCCAUCAGCUCAUCUACCAAUCAAAGCGACCAUCGACUACGUGAAGAAGGGGGAGCUGAGAGCAGCUAUGAUCCAUUGGAACGAGGCGCAGGGCCACCUGAAGAAGAUGCGUUACCAUGACGGCCGUCUCCUGGUGGACGAGUCAGGCCUGUACUACGUCUACGCCAAGACCUGUUUCCGCUACUACGACCUGGAACCUGAGACAGAGCCCCGCGACGCCCCUGGACAUGCCCUCACCACGCCCCAGACCGUGGACGUAAAAAACGCCCAGCUCAUCCAGUACAUCUCCCACGAGAAACACACGUCAUCGCCCAGCAAGUCUGUGGUGCUGAUGAAGACAGGCAGCACCAUGCGCUGGAAUAACUCUCAGUAUAACAUGUACUGUGCCCAGCAGGGCAGGGCGGUGAUACUACAGCACGGGGACGGACUGUUUGUUAACGUGUCCAACGCCUGGAUGCUGGACCCUGAACCGGAGGGGACGUACUUUGGGGCGAUUAAGAUGGGGAACUGAACCCACAUACAGAGGAGAAGGUGGAUGUGCUACUGGAUGUUCUGUAGACGUAACUGCCAAACAACCAGAGAUAGAGCACUUAUUGUAUGUAAGAUUACUGAAUUUGUGUUUGAUUUUGUUUUUUGAUUGAAAGGUAUGGGCUAUGUUGCUCUUCACCAGAUAGCGUUUCUUACCCGAAAGAGAAUGACAAUAAGCAGUUAUUUAGAUGAGGUGUUAUGGAUACCUCUGGUCACUCACUAGGCCUUCAGCAAACCACAUAAUAUGCUGUUCACACAUACUUUAGACAAGACUUAACCAUUUUCCUUAUGGUCCAAAACUGCACUGGAUGCUUUUUAGUAGACCUAUAACAUUUUAUACAGCUGAUAGUUAUCAACCACUUAAGAUUGUUGAUAUUUGUCAUUCCAGGGAGCAAUGUUUGUACAAUGUUUCUUUCAAGCAUAGCAUUAUGAAUCAUAUUUUCUGUUUGUCAGCUAACAACACAAAGUCAUUCCUCAUCCCUAGCCUGGCCCCUCAUAGUUUACUAAACAUUGUCAUCAUCUUGAACAGAAACACAGCUGGGGUACUUUGUUCAUAACUGAGUAGAGUUUUCACCAAUCAUGCUCCUCAGUCUCUCUUGGGAAAGGAUGAAGUGGAGGUUAGAGGGUGAAUAGGACAUUAUUCAGUAGUAAACACAGUACUACUGUCCGCUUACGCCCAUAGAGAGAGGCAACAUUUAACAUUACAUAAUGUGCUGUGUAAGAACAGUGAUAUACAACUGUUUUCCAAGACAAUACAGAAAAGUGGUAGACAAUGGCUCCACACCUGCAUUUACUUCAUGUAUCCAGGAGAGACUUGCUGUAAUCCCUCAUCCCAGUAACUGAGGGGAACAUGGUUGUGGUUUGGAUCAAAAGUUUAUAUUUUCUUAUUUUGAUUAGUUUUUCCCCAAACUACACAGUAUUGAACUGUCCUUGCCCUGUCUUUGGUGGUUUAUACGAGUAAUGAUAAUCAAAAACACACAAACAACUGAUGUAACGAUGCAAACUGAAGAUAGCUGGCCUGUCUUACCGUAGGGGACGAGAGCAGAGAUUCUCGUCUUUAUGAAACUAGCGGAUCCAAAUUGACUUUGGUCCACCUUUAAUUUAUAGUUUCUUUUUUUCAUUUUACUCUUCGAGGAGGUAAAUGGGAAUAUGCACUAAAUCUAUUUAUUUAUUAGACAUAACAAUGCAGAUAUGGACCAUUGGUUAAAUGAUCAGUCUGCUUUAAAAUCAUGUAUAUUUUAUGUCUGUAUUACAGUAGGCAGUACUUAGUUUAUCAGUAGAUGCGCUUUUUUGUUCAAACACAGGGGCUCAAUGUUGAAUUCUGUAUUUAUGUAUUUUUUAUUCCGACAAUUCUGUGUGCACUUGCCUAGCCGAAGCAGAAUAUGCUGUCCAUCAUAAGAUUGUAGCCACCUUAAAGUUUAAAAAAAUCUUCAUCUUGUACAUUCUUUUUUAAAUUGGAUGUUUAUUUAUGUCAGUUUAACAAAAAAAAUCAUAAAUGUUCUA